UCCGAGAGAACAAGGCUGGGGAAGCUGAAGCCCUUCCAGGGAAGGGCUCUUCCUUCUGCUGGAGGGACCAUGGCAGCGAAUCGGGGAGCGAGGACCUUCUUAUCCGUCUUCCUGCUGUGCUGCUGGCAAGGUGUACAGCCCUGGCCGAACAGAGAAUUUUCAGGUUCAAGUGGUAAGCAAUGGCCAAAUUUUGAAACUGUGGACGGUGAUAUAGCUACAGUGUUCGAUGAAAUUCUAGUCCGGGAGAUUCUGGAGCCAGGGAAAGUGCCAUAUUUUGAAAGUCGAAGCCCACCAACAACUUUUCAACAAAAAACAACGAAGGAAAGAAAAAUCCUCAUCAAAGAAUCCACUGCUUCUAGAAGACAUCAUAAGCAGUCAUCUUCUGGGACCCCGCAUACCCUUUCCUUUGAUGACAAGCAGAAAGAAACACUUUUUCAGCUAAGAAGCCUUGAAGCUCUGGAGAAAAUGAUUGACAAGAUUCGAAGAGCCGUUGAGACUAAGCUCAAGAACCAGCAGAAGCUCCAGAAAAGUAGAACCAAACAAUUCCUGGGGAAACUAAUCAAGCCCUAAGUACCAGGACUGGCAAGAGGGCCAAGCCACUGCUGCACAUGGGGACAGAUAGAGUGGAAGCAGCCACCAACCUGUGUGAAGGAGAACUGUACUCAAU